GCAGUGGAUAGUGUUUGCUCAGCGCGCGACACUGUCGUGGGUGAUUUCUCCGGUGCUAGGGGCGGGAUGGCCUGAAAGCGGGGUGCCCAGCUGAGGCGGGGACACAGAUGGGCGUGGGGCCCUAGUCUCCAGUGCCACUCAGCGACCGGUAUUCUAUCUGGCUCCGGUCACGAGGUGUGUCUACGGCUCAGGAGCUCCUGGGACAGCGAGUCUAAGCAGCUGAUGGACCAAGAGGCGGCGCCCCCCUUCUGCUCACCUGAAUGCAGGUGAGACGUGAAGGGCACCCUGUAUACACCUGCCUGCAGCAGCGCAGUCUUUGCUUGGCCACCCGAGGAGGAAGCAUUCCAUUUGGUGUAUAGGUCCUGGGCCACCGUGGGCGCGGGUGGACGAUUCAGACUGGGUCCGACUGGAUAGGUCGACCUGGGUCGCAAGAGAACUUGGGGCAGCAAAGUGAUGGACCACGGUCGCUGGGCUAGAUUGAGGAUGGGUACCCGAAGGUCCUAGCGACAACUUUGCUGAAACUGAAGAGCGGUGUCAAGCCCAGCCGCCCGCUGUUGGCCCCGGGGGCUCUCCUGGCAUCCAGAUUCAGAUCAUGACUCCUGUGAGCAGCCACGGCUUGGCGGAGAGCAUUUUUGACCUGGACUACGCUUCGUGGAAGAUUCGGUCGACUCUAGCGGUUGCUGGCUUUGUCUUCUACCUGGGCGUCUUUGUAGUCUGCCAUCAGCUCUCAUCGUCCCUGAAUGCCACCUACCGCUCCCUGGCGGCCAAAGAGAAGGUCUUCUGGAACCUGGCGGCGACGCGUGCUGUCUUCGGCGUCCAGAGCACAACUGCAGGCCUGUGGGCCCUGCUGGGAGACCCCGUGCUCUAUGCCGACAAAGCUCUCGGGCAGCAGAACUGGUGUUGGUUUCACAUCACCACGGCCACUGGCUUCUUCUUCUUUGAGAAUGUGGCCGUUCACCUGUCCAACCUGUUCUUCCGCACCUUUGACUUGUUUCUGGUUGUCCACCACCUCUUUGCCUUUCUUGGGUUCCUGGGUUCAGCGAUCAAUCUCAGAGCUGGCCACUAUCUAGCCAUGACCACGUUGCUCCUAGAGAUGAGCACGCCCUUCACCUGCAUUUCCUGGAUGCUCCUGAAGGCUGGGUGGUCAGACUCCCUGUUCUGGAAGGCCAACCAGUGGCUAAUGAUCCACAUGUUUCACUGUCGAAUGAUCCUCACCUACCACAUGUGGUGGGUGUGCUUCUGUCACUGGGACGCCCUCACCAGCAGCCUGCACCUGCCCCACUGGGCACUGUUCCUUUUCGGGCUGGCCCUGCUCACGGCCGUCAUUAACCCUUACUGGACACACAAGAAGACCCAGCAGCUCCUCCAUCCCGUGGAUUGGAACUUUGCACAGGAGGAAGCCAAGGGCAGCAGGCAAGAAAGGACCAAUGGCCAGGUGCCUCGGAAAAAGAGGUUGUAGCGGCGCCCACCCAGGGACUGGGUGGACCAUGAUGCCGACUGGGGAGUGUCCAGGGUUGGACAAAGCUCCACAGUGACUCUUUACGUAUGGAUGGGGACAUAGAUAAGUUUAUAUCUAGGUGAAUACUAACUUGUUCCUUACUAUGAAUUCUAAAGUACCCAUGAAGUAUUGCUGGGGCCUCGACGUGCCUGGAAGAGGUCUUUGCCAUCAUGACUUUCCUCUGAGUCUUCUGGCGUGGCCCCAACCACAGCACAUCUGCCAAGGCAGUGCUAGGGAAGGAGCAAUGGCAGCCAGGUGUGCAGGCUGCUGAGGAAGCCAGUCUGGAGCCCUGCGACGAUUCAUCGGGAAGGACCUCGUGUGGGUGUGGGUGUGCCUUAUUUGGAAGUCGUGUUCUUUUUCAUUGCAACAAAUUGACCCUAAGAAAAUGUGAUUUGCUGAUCAUAUUUAUUUACUAGCCUGGGGAAUUUUAAGCCCGUGGCAGUGCACUGCCCUCUAGUGGCAAGAGGCAGAAGGACAGAGUUAUGGUAAGGGGUUCUCCUUGGCUUACUAGAGUCUGCCCACCCCUCCUGGAGUGGUGGUGGUGGUGUGAAAUCUUGUACUUCAAAAACAAACAAGCAAACAACAAAAAACCCCAAGGAACCUAAUAACCUUUUUGAAAAACAAAAUAAUGAGAAUUUUUAGUGAUAUAUUUCUUAUUUGACAGAAUAAGGUGUCUGGAGGGGGUCCUGUACUCAUCCUCGUGUCGCUCAUCCUGAGUCGCUAGGGCCCCGAGCAAGCACCUUGCCUGACAUGACCAUGGGAACAUGUUCUCGCCGCGCUGUUUGCAGGUUAGACCUCCAGACACCGGCUAGCAAUGCUAUCGGCAGACACAAAAACUUUCCCAGAGAACAGUUAAAGAACAAGGGGGUUUUUGUUUGUUUGUUUGUUUGUUUGUUUGGGUUUUUGUUGAUUUGUUUUGUCAAAACUACCUGAGAAAUGGUGGUUGCUCUUGAAAAUCAUGUGUGACUUAGGCUUGCCUCAGCAGCCCUUUAACUUUAUGAGGAUGUAUGAUGCCUAUUUUAUUAUAAAGUAGCCCAUUAACUUUAUGAGGAGGUAUGAUGCCUAUUUAUUUCAAUCUAAGAAAGCCCUUACUUUGUGUUCCUAAGAUAAUCAACUGAACUGAAAACCCUGUAGCUCCUGUGUCUGCUUUGUUGAGGCACCAGCCUGGCAUUUUUGUUUUUUUUUUGUUUUUUUUUAAGCUGGGCAGAGGCUUAAUAUAGUGACAGCUCUUUCCAAAACCCAAACAUACUUCCUGUCUGAUAACGUGACCCGAAGCUCACCUGAGUGCCUGAGAACACUCUGCGUCCUGAACAUGUUGGCAAGUCUUCAAUGGGACCAGGAUGGGGUUAGAGAGUGUCUUAGUCGGGCAUUUCUAUUCCUGCCCAAAACAUCAUGACCAAGAAGCAAGUUGGGGAGGAAAGGGUUUAUUCAGCUUACACUUUUCCACAUGGCUGUUCAUCACUAAAGGAAGUCAGGACUAGAACUCAAGCAGGUCAGGAAGCAGGAGCUGAUGCAGAGGCCAUGGGUUGAUGUGACUUACUGGCUUGCCCUGGCUUUCUCAGCCUGCUCUCUUAAAGAAGCCAAGACUACCAGCCCAAGGUUGGCACCACCCACAAUGGGCCCUCCCCCCUUGAUCACUGAUUGAGAAAAUGCCCCACAGCUGGAUCUCAUGGAGGCGUUUCCUCAAGGGAGGCUCCUUUCUCUGUGGUAACAACAGCUUGUGUCAAGCUAACACACAGAAGCGGCUGGGACAGGGAGAUCAUCUGACUUUCGCUGGCCUCUACAAGGAGUGUGACCUCAGGUUACAUCCUCCGUCUUCACGUGUGUCAGCUGAGUGCCAUUCCAUAGCUCAGGUGACCUUUGGUCACUCCACACACAUCUCCUUUCUGACCAGGACUUCUCCCCGGAACCUUGGAGACAAGUAUUCAUGAGAAGGCUCUGCAAUGGAGCAAGCACUAGUCCCUGCCUAGAGUAGUGGCUCUCUCGCCAUGAUUUUUUUAAUACAGUUGCUCAUGCUGUGGUGAUCCCCAACCAUGAAGUUAUUUUCGUUGCUACUUCAUAACCGUAAUUUUGCUAUUAUCAUAAUUAAAUAUCUGCGUGUCCCAACCUCUUGUGAAAGGGUCGAUCGACCACCAAAGAGGUCAUGACCCACAGGUUGAGAACACUGGCCUAGAGAGGGGCCACCCUUCCCAGCUAUAGUACCUUUGUGGUCUCCAGUGUCCUGCCAGACAGAUCUCGGAGAGGGGCAUGGUCCAGAGGACACGAGGAGCCGCAGCUCACUAAUGUGAGCCUAGGCUGGCCUGCUCUGUGGCCCACACUGGCCAAGAUUCCACUGCACGUGUGCCCCACUAGACUCCUACAUCAGCUGUUAGGAAUUAGAAUGGGGUAUCGCUUGGUAGUAGAGAACUUACUUAGCAUGUAGGAAGCCUUCCUGGCUUCUGUCUUCAGCCACUGGAGAAGAGACGCUCUCCUACUUGACCGGUAUGGAAAAUCAAAAACGUUCUCCCUUUCUCGCCACGUAGAUGUUUUACAUGUUCCCAUGUUUUCAACAGUAGAGGAUGUGAUGGUCAGGGGCAGCAGCCCAGCGUCUUCCCCAUCUCUUCCCGAUGGCUUGCCCUUUUCCCGAUGGCUUGCCCUUGCCCCUUCAAUUUAGCAACGAGGUUCCAACUUCUCUCAGCAGCAUACCAUAGGCUCCUCAAAGUAGCACUGGACUUGGUGCAGCAGAGCUAGUGACUGGCUGUGUGCUGUUGUCUUCUGUGAAGCCUAUGGGUCACAAGGCUCUCCUUCCACAGACAGCUCCUCAGUAGGCCCUGUGGCUUCCACGGCAACAUUGCUAGCAAGAGGCCAUACCCCUACCUGAGCCCUUAAGUCUCUGUUCACACAGCCUGUGGUGACCCUCCUGAUGGGAACUAAGCAUUGCCUCAUUCCUGUGUGCCGUAGGGGCGACACCUGAGCCUGGGUCCUAGAGAAAGAGCAGAGACUAGCCAUUUCUAGUUUUGUAGGGUGGAGGUCCAAAGUCAGGUGCUGGCAGCUUCAGUCAGGAAGAGGCCCAGUACUUCCUACGUGGAAUGUUUCUUUACCUCCAGGAGAAAGCUAUGCCAUAUAUCUAAGGAGCAGAAGGGCUGAAAAGAUUCAGGAAGCCCAAGUGAGUUUCCUGGAGGCCUUUAUAAGGAUCACUGUCUGGACACAUGGUGACUUAAGUGUUUUCUUUGGCUGGGGCUGUCUCUGAUUGUGGAAGCUAGUGGCUGGGAGGAGGCCCUUGCCUAUCCCCAACCAUGGAUGUAAUGCGUCCACAUAACCUUAGUGGGGCACAUUCAAAUGCUAGUACAAAAAAGAGUGUUGCCACACCCCGUGUCAGUAAGAUCUCAUUCGUUCCACAAAGGGCUGAUGCCUCUUGUUCCCUGUAGAGAGAAUAUUGUAUGUAUUGUAUGGAUGCGUCACCUGUCAAUUAAAAAGCCUAUGUGUGGCCUACGGCUUAGGCAAAAACUAGAAGGUGGAACAUCCAGGGGGCAGAAAGAAUUCUGGGAUAGAGCCAGGCAGGAGGUCGCCUGGUAAGACAUGAGGAGACUGAUGUGUGGUACCCAAACACAGGUAACCAGCCACAUGGCAAAAUGUAGAUUAAAAUAAAUUUUAAGUUAUGAUUCUAGUCAGAGAAGAGCCUAGCUAUCUGGCCAAGGUAUUUUGUAAAUAUAUUUUGAGCCUGAGUCUUAUUUCUGAGAGCAUGGGGCUGGGGGAUGGGAGGGAGAACCGGAGGUGAUUUUUACAGUUCUCUGACCAUUUCCAGUGAUGGCUGCCCAGCCACUGGCAAGUGAGUGGGUGAACCACCCAAUGGAAGGUAACCUCUGUCUUCCAAGUGGGGUCCUGGCAGAAGACAUGCUAACCCAGAGCUAGACAGUGUUUGCUGAGGGCAUAUUCAACAAGGUAAGCCAGGGUAGGAGGCCAGGAAGCCAGCUCCAUCUCACACAGCCAGAAGGGCUUUGGGGAGAGACAGGUAGCCAGUACAGGAACUAUGGCGCUAGUCUUUCCUCUCACGGUGACAGACCAGUGAGUUGGUUACACAGAUUGAUACAUAGGAGACAUUUCUUUUGUUAAAACUAUGAAGUGUGUUACAAACUAAAAGGCUCUGGGUUGUUGGUACAGUGUGAAUGUUGGCAGGGCAUAGCCUAAAAUGGAAUUUGCCCCUUGGGAUGUUGAGUCUAACUCAGGCUGAGGACCAGGCUCAGGCCACGCCUAAGCUUCCCUUCUCUUCAAUGCUGGCUGUUUUCGGCCCCCAGUUCCAUCCGAGGGCCUGGAGCUGCAGGAAGAAGCCAGAGCCAUCUAUGAUCUCAGUUCAACAGGCCCCAUAAGACUCACCUAGCAGAAAACCAACAAAAGACACACGUGUCAUUAAUACUUGAUACAUUUAAGUCAAUUCUGUGUCUAAAUUUUUGCUGUGUCCUAAUGUUUCAGGAUAUUAAUUCAAUGUGCCUUUUUUUGACCCCCCCUCCAUUUCAGUAUACUAUGCACAUUUUUAUUUCUGUUACAAAUUUUUAAUUGCCUAGGGUUAGAGAGAGAGCUCAGUGGUAAAUGUUUGUAUUGUAUACACUAGUCCUCAGGCUCCAGCCACAGAACCACAAAUAAAAAAUAAGUUAAAAAAAAAAAAGAACCCCAGCGGCCGCUACUGGAUGACCCUGGGCAAUGUGGUGCCCAAGGGGGGAUUUCCUCUUCUCUAAAGACAAGGGGGGAUGGUAAUGGAUAGAAGGAAUUGUAAGGGUGAGGUUGGGAGGAGGGACGGCUAGGGCCUGCCAUCUUCAUGUAAAGUAAAUAAACGUUGGUAAAACCCCCAAA